CCAGCACCUCAAGGCGAUGACCAGUUCUCCCGAUGCUCAAACAGCUGAAGGAUCAAAGGAGCGAAGACCGAGCAACGCGAUGCUUCGACGGCUUUCUGGGCAGAACUCGACUCUUCGUGGUGGGCGAGGUUCGCCUUUGCACCUGUCGCCUAAAGCGGGCACGCUCCGCUUGGGAGCUUCUGGCUACCAAUCUGAUUUGCAUGUCCGGGCACCUUCGUCUUCUUCUAUUGCUACGAUGACACAUCGAGCUCUGUAUCCUCCCAAUUCUGGACGGUCCUUCUCGGCAAUCGAGUCCGGCUCAUCGUCGGACGAGGACGACGAAGGCGCUGCGGAAGAAGAAGAGGAACAGCAGGCGAUGGAGAAAGAGGAAGCAUCACGCAGGAUCCGGGAGCUCGAGCGACUCGUCAAUCCCAACACGAUGCAGUUUGCCCAGUCGGCGCGGUCUCACGUCUCUCCGUCUCCCGUACGGACCCGUUUGUCUGCCCAGAAGCCACAAUCACCAGCUUCCAGCUCUGUUAAUACAGACCGAUACGAAGCGUCUGCAUCAGCAUCUCCGACUUCUCCCCCCUCGGCUGGUGUGCCACCGCAGGGAACAGCUCGCAGGGGGGACAUGCAGAGCUCUCUGAGCCCGCCUGCAUCUGUCCUCCAACGAGGACGACAAGAGCUUCGGGUAUCGACAAGCGAUCGGACUGCCAACAGCACCGCACCGUCCACAUCAUCGAGCUUCAGCGAUAUCAGCGAUGUCUCUACGUCGGCGUUUGAGGAGGCUGCUGGGACCUCUGUUCGUCCUGCUGUUCCGUCACGACUCACUGUAUUUGCUCGGAAUCAUCUGGGAAGACACUAUUGACCCGGGGCGCUCUGUUAACGACAUUAUGGCAAUGUAAACUACCUACGCAUCAAUAUGCAAUCUCUUUCAUCUGUUCUUCGACAAUGAUGCUGCGCAACGACCCUUGAUGGAUGAUAUGAACGCGUCAUUGUCCUCUUUGUAAUAAAGUGUUACGCG